UCCAUAUGUAUUCCUUAUGUUUUCUGACACCUUUUAUGCCAGUGAAAGUUCUAUUGCGAGGCCUUUUUUUGGUGUGCUGGUAAAUAAUACAUAUUUAAAAUUGUUUCUAUGUGGGGUCAGGGUGCAAUACAAACUACUCUAGCAGCAGUAGAAAUACUAAUGCACUGAACUAUGUACUUCUGGAGUGAGAUACAAUUCAGUGUGGAUAAUGGAAGAAGACACAGUCUUCCUAAUUCAGAGUUAUAUCAGUUUGUGAACAGAAAAUACACUAUACUUGCUUAAGGUGGAAGAGACACUGAUAACCAUUAUAUUUAUCAGUUAUUCCUAAAUUCAUAGUGGGGUAUCUUUGGAAUUUUAAAAAUGAAAUGCUGCUUCUUGUUCUGUUGUUGUAAUGUGGUUCUUAGCUCUUCCCAGGUCUCAUAAAGCAUUCAGGAAAUGCAGUAUGAAGCUCUGCUGUGCCUCACCAUCUGAAUGUACUCCAAUUUAGAAACAAGAAAUCUGCUUCUGUAUUAACUAGAAAAAUCCUUCAUGGGUGGGAGGAGCAGCAAGCAUUCAUGACUUGGUAUCUUGCUAUUUCCAAAUAGCAUUGUGGGUUCUACAGAAAAUCCCUCAAGUAUUAAUAGCAUUUUUCUGCAGAUUUUUUUUUAGCAUUUAUACUCGUAUUCGACUUUGUCUAAUGCAGAGUUAUGGGCUUGGGAACUGUCGUAAGAACUGCUUGUUCUGUGUGAAGUUCCAAUGGGGCACCGCCUUCUUCGGAUGCAGUUUCUAAUAGGAAAUGUUCAGCCAUAUGAAGACCAUAACAGAAUAGCUUUGAAAAGUAAAUGUACAGAUUUACUCGAUUCCUGUGGCUUUAUGUUUUCUGUAAUAAAUAUUUAACAGGCACACGAGCUGUGAUGUAUCACUUGUUUGGUGUGAAAUGUAUUCAAACAGAAAUAGCAAGACAUGUAAAUUCAUGAAUAUUGUUACAUAAACUAAUGUAAAAAAUUAUUUUAGCCAAUUGUAUUACCACUGCAGAAUAACUGUGCUGUAUUGAAAGGCUGCUUUUCUACAGAUGGACAAUUUAAUGUUGUCAUGUUAUUGAAGAAGGUAUUUAAGUUCCGAUUCCCACAGAAAAAGUCCUUCUAAGUGCACUACACACUUUGUUGGUUAUUUUUUACAAUUACUGGCAGUGUUUCCACAUGUCUUCUGAUGUGGACAGCACAGGCCGUGGAAUGGAUUCUCUAAAAAUAAAUAUUAAAAAAGUUCCAGGCUUGCAUUAAGCGCUUUUGAGACAAUUGGAUAGCCUUGCUAUUCACACCUUUGCAUGUGGUUUUGUGCUUCUGCUCUAUUGCAAAUCUGGAGUACAGUUACUGCAAACAUCCAUGCAUUAUUUAUACAUAUAGAACAAUUUGCUUAUUUAUGCAUUUGUUUGGGGGCAGAUUAUUUUACUAAUCACUUACAAGCUAAAAGGGGCUAAAGUAUAUUUCCCUACGAUGUAAAUUAUCUUCAUUGCUAGCUGCAAUCCAUAUUCAAAGGAAUUAUCUGCAUCCAGAUACUGGCUAAGUAGCACAGUUUCAGGCUAGAAGUUGAGAUACUGUUUGCUUUUGUAACAGUAGUUAAAAAAAGCCAAAGCUUGUUUGCUUCUGACUGUUCCUGGGAUAGUGGGAUUGCUGACUGACCUUCCUUUCUUCUGUUUGUGCAGACACCUGUUGCAGCAUUUCCACUUAAAGUACUUGUGCAAAGUCUGUGGGAUGGCUGGAUGAUGUUAUUGAUCGAGUGAAGCGUAGGAUCUCUUAAGAUCUAUUUAAUGAUCUUGGAUUACAAUGUGAUAUGCUUUGUUGUUUUUUUUUUAUCCAGUCUAACCUACUGGAUGGUAACAAUGACAGGAACAGGGAUGCUGCCUUACUGGCUGAGAUGAUUUUCUGCUUUUACUGAUUAUGUGCUUUCUGUUGUUUUUGUAAGGGGGAUGUGCCGCUAGUUGGUGCCACAGUAUGUGAGAUGAGUCAUGGCAGUAGCUGGUUUUGAACUGUCAAAGGGAUCAGAGUGGUCGGACCUUGUGUGGUGUUAUGAGAAUUGGCUUGGUUGCAAAGGGUUUGCUGAUAAAAGAUGAUAUGGAUUUGGAGCUGGUUCUCAUGUGCAAAGAAAAACCCACAAAGACCUUAUUAUGUAUAGUCAAAGACAAUCUCCCCAUUCAAAUUCAGAAACUUACAGAAGAGAAGUAUCUCGUGGAGGAGCAUGUAAAUGAGGCAGCUAUUAUUAUUCGUAACACAAAGGAGCCCAAGCUAACCUUGAAGGUGAUACUUACGUCCCCUCUCAUUCGAGAUGAAGCAGAGAAGAAGGAAGGAGUAGACAGUGUUGCGAUGAAAGAUCCUCCGGACUUAUUGGACAGGCAGAAAUGCCUGGAGGCCUUGGCGUCUCUGCGGCACGCCAAAUGGUUUCAGGCCAGGGCAAAUGGACUAAAAUCAUGUGUAAUUGUGCUGCGUAUUCUGCGGGAUUUGUGCAACAGAGUUCCCACAUGGGCACCACUGAAAGGAUGGCCACUCGAGCUUAUAUGUGAAAAAUCUAUAGGUACUUGUAAUAGACCUCUGGGCGCUGGGGAAGCAUUACGACGAGUGAUGGAGUGCUUGGCAUCUGGAAUUCUGCUUCCUGGAGGCCCUGGUCUGCAUGACCCCUGUGAACGGGAGCCAACAGAUGCUUUGUCUGAUAUGACAGUUCAGCAAAAAGAAGCCAUUACGCACAGUGCUCAGCAUGCCCUCAGAUUAUCAGCCUUUGGUCAGAUUUAUAAGGUUUUGGAAAUGGAUCCUCUCCCAUCAAAUAAGUCAUUUCAGAAAUACUCCUGGUCAGUAGCUGACAAAGAAGGUACAGGCUCAUCUGCUCUCAAGAGACCGUUUGAAGAUGGUGUUGGGGAUGAUAAAGAUCCAAAUAAAAAGAUGAAGCGUAAUCUGAGGAAAAUACUAGAUAGUAAAGCAAUAGAUCUCAUGAAUGCUCUGAUGAGGCUGAACCAAAUCAGGCCGGGGCUUCAGUAUAAACUGCUGUCCCAGUCUGGUCCAGUCCAUGCCCCAGUCUUCACAAUGUCUGUAGAUGUUGAUGGUACAACAUAUGAAGCAUCAGGACCUUCUAAGAAAACAGCCAAGCUCCACGUGGCAGUGAAGGUUUUACAAGCAAUGGGUUAUCCAACUGGUUUUGAUGCAGAUGUUGAGUGUGUGAGUUCUGAUGAAAAAUCAGAUAACGAAGGUAAAAAUGAAACAGUGUCUUCAAUCUCAAGCAAUAAUACUGGAAAUUCUACAGCUGACACCUCUGCUACCCUAGAGGUAAGAACUCAGGGUCCUAUACUGACAGCAAGUGGCAAAAAUCCAGUGAUGGAGCUCAAUGAAAAAAGAAGAGGUCUGAAGUACGAGCUCAUCUCUGAAACAGGGGGAAGCCACGACAAGCGCUUUGUGAUGGAGGUAGAAGUAGAUGGCCAGAAAUUCAGAGGUGCAGGCCCAAAUAAGAAAGUAGCAAAAGCAAGCGCUGCAUUAGCAGCACUUGAGAAACUGUUUUCUGGACCUAAUGCAGCAAACAACAAGAAGAAGAAAAUUCUUCCCCAGCAGGCUAAAGGAGUUGUCAAUACAGCUGUUUCUGCAGCAGUCCAGGCUGUGCGAGGUAGAGGACGAGGUGCUUUAACAAGAGGUGCAUUUGUUGGGGCAGCUGCUGCUACUGGAUACUUAACACCAGGCUAUGGAGCACCAUAUGGGUACAGUACAGCUGCACCAGCUUACGGUUUACCCAAGAGAAUGGUUCUGUUACCAGUUAUGAAAUUCCCAACUUAUCCUGUUCCCCACUACUCAUUCUUUUAGCAAAUGGCAGAAGCUAAUUCCUAUUGAUUGAACAACACAGUACAGUACAGAAUGUUAGAAGAAAAAAGCCUUUUUAUCCUGUUUCCUUUGAACACAUACUUGAGCAAAGUCAUUUGUAAAGAAACAUCUUUUUCCUACUUUUUGAUUUUAACAAAAUGCAAAUUUAGUUCUCUAAAACUUGAAAAAAAAUGUUCUGUGAAAUGUUACCUCAUUUUCAAAUAACUUAUACCAGCCUUCUGUUAUAGGGAAGAACUAGAAGCUUAAACCUUACGUUUUAAAUGAAGUAUCCAAUUAUGUAAAAUUAAAUUUGUGAAGGAUGUAUAGAAUAUAAAACACUGAUCACAAAUAAACUGUUUUGUUGUAA